AUGAGGCCGGAGGGCCGACCCCUCCCGCCGCCCCUACCAGCGCAGCUCCCUCUCUCGGGGGGUCGCGGAGCGCUCCAGGGCGCCUCCCCCCGCGGAAACGGCUUCGACGGGACUUGGGUUCCGCUGUCGCCAGCGGCCUUCCCGGACUGUCACGGCGGUCCCGCGGCGCCGGCGGGAGGAAGAGGCCGCCCUCGCCGUUUGCGGGCCUCGCUGCAGGCGGGCGGCGGGUCCUCUCGGAAGCCCAGGGCUCCUGCGACGCCUCCCCCCGCCUCCUUGCCGUCUUCCAGCGCUAUGGCCGUCCCAGGUUGCAACAAGGAUAGUGUCCGAGCCGGCUGUAAAAAAUGUGGCUAUCCUGGUCACCUGACAUUUGAAUGCCGCAACUUUCUCCGAGUAGAUCCCAAAAGGGACAUAGUUUUGGAUGUGAGCAGUACAAGCAGUGAAGAGAGCGAUGAAGAGAAUGAAGAACUGAAUAAAUUGCAGGCAUUACAAGAAAAAAGAGUAAAUGAAGAAGAGGAGAAGAAAAAAGCAAAAAGCAAGGAGAAAAUCAAGUUGAAAAAAAAAAGGAAAAGGUCUUAUUCAUCCAGUUCCACUGAAGAGGACACUUCCAAGCAAAAGAAACAAAAAUACCAGAAGAAAGAAAAGAAGAAAGAAAAAAAGAAUAAGUCAAAAAGAGGGAAACAUCAUAAAAAGGAAAAAAAGAAGAGAAAAAAGGAGAAGCAUUCAUCCACUCCUAAUCCUUCUGAGAUCUCCAAAAAGUAACUGAAUCUCCGGCCUAAGCCAUUAAAUUCUAAGAUUUGGUUUUGAAAAUUAUCUGACCUUCCUUGGAAUUUGCUAUACAAUUAUGCUUUGCAAUAAAUCACAGGCUUUUCCAUAUAGACAUUUUUUUCAUAUAUGGGACCAUUGUCUGGCAAUACAUUUUUAGUGUGCUGACUCUGAAGUAUUGAAUCAGUCUUAUUACUUGAUAGUCAUGCCCCAAGUGUGGAUAUUUGUACCUUCAAAACACAUCAUUUUUGUUAUUCAUGACUCUGUGUCUGACUCUAGUGUUAUUACUUCAUCAGUUGAUUGUAAAUGGCUUUAUUGCAGUCAACACAGGUUAUCGACUUAGCACUUAAUGAGUAUUUGCUGAAUCAUCAAGUGUCCACCUCCCAGUGAUAAAGUGAGGUAGGGGAUAAUGCUUUGCUCUUGACUCUGAAAAAUUUAAUAGCUUUAUAUCCUAUGGUAAUAUAUAAAGGUAGUGAAAUUUUUCACUGCUGUUUUUAAAUUUCAAGCCUUUCUGGAUGUCAUAGGAGAGGAAGCUGCUUUAUUGGUCUUAACAAGGACAUUUUAAAUCAGUGGUGUUGGCAGGAAGACAAUAAUUAAAAGACUUAAGGAAGUUUUACCAUUACACAAAACACAAAGUGUCUAGUACCUGCCACCUCUAUUAUUGUAACAAUUACAAUUUUCUUCCUUGUUUAAAAAGACAAGUGCAAGUGUAGUUCAGCUUCAUAGAGUUGAUGCUGUGUUGGAUAGAAUUUUUAGGAUAGACUCCUGGGUUGUUUUACAAAUGUGCCAUAUUGGCAUCUCUUAAAGUGAUACCUCAAACACAGAACUUUUUAAUUAGGAGGAUGACAGCUAAAUCAUCAUCAGAACUGAUUUUUAUUGUAUUCUGUAUGUAAAUUUUAUGAAGCUUGUUUCUAUGAGUAAUGUGGAAAACUUUUAUAAAUGUGAACAUAAAUAUUUAUUUGUCUAAAAUAAUUUGUAGUUUUAAAGCAGGUUUCACACUGAAUUUAUGGUUUCAAAAAAUGACCAGUUUGGGACAUUUCUCUCUUUUACUUCAGUCGUAGACCUUAAGCGCAGUGACAAAAAUUUAGGAUUAAGAAUUUUAUUCUGUACUUUUUAAAAUAUAAGAGCCAGGGAGUUGCAUCAUGAAAGCCUUUAUAUAACAAUGGAAAUUUUAUAUGGGUAAGCAUUUUCAAACAUAUAUUAGUAGAUAUAAAUGUUUGUUACAUUUUUAAUUUCACAAUGAUCAGUGUUACUUUGCUUAGUAUUCAGAUAGUCCUUACACCCAAUGAGUUAGACACUUCCUGUUGUGGCAGCAACAAACAUUAACCAGUUAUCAUGGCUCGGCACCAAAGACUGCGUAUACCUCACUGUGGUGCAGUUAUAAAUUUUCAAGUUGCUAACUUAAGAGACAUGGCUACAGGUGAAUUCAUUUUUGUGAAAUCAGGUAAGUACACGUGACCUCACAGGCUGGGAAGGUGUACUGAUUCUUUCUUCAUCCAGCUCCUCUCACUGGCAUGACCUAAGUCAGACUAGGGGUGCUUCUUAACUCCUCUUAACACGCGCACACCAUAUUCAAAAUCUAGGAAGCUACACCCACAUCCCUAUUCUAGCACUGUAGCUGAGGAAGCUUUCAUACUUCUAGCUUUUCCAUAAUCUAAUUUAGGCAAAUGACCUCCUCAAAAAGAAAUCCUUUUUUAAAAAAUAGUUCUGUCAGUUGUUGGAAUAGGUUUUUAAGGGUUUGUUUGGCCUUGCUGUAUUUUACCUAUUUUUUUAAACUGCAUUUUAUGUAAAUACAGUUCUUUAUCAUGAUGAAAAAAAUAAAAAAGCUUUUAAAAAUGAUUAGAAAAUGCUACAUGCACAAGGAUGACCCCAUCCCAUUUAGUGUGUAACAUGGUUUAAAAAAUGCUAAUAAUUGUAAUGAAACAAAGUUAAUUCAGGUAUUUGUGAGUUUUAUUUCUGUUUUUUUUUAUUAUUAUUAUUAUUAUUAUUAUUAUUAUUUUUAUUUCUGUUUGUUAUAGAGAUUAUGGCUCAUUAGAUUUGUUUUCUGAAUGGGGACACAAUAAUGGUCCAGAAAAGUUAUAUAAAAUUCAGCACUCAUUAACUAAUACAGUGUGCAAAUUAAAAAAUUUUAAUGCUCAGUAAUUUUUUCCACUAGAUUCAUUCUUAGAAUUAUUCUUAAGUAAAUUCCCCAUAGUAUGAGAAUAGUUCAUAAAAUCACUCAUCUGAAUAAAAUUCAUUUUACUAGUUUUCUUCCAAAGUAAUCUUGUUGUGGGGAUAGCAUACAAAUCUCAUUAAUAAAUUUUAGAAGAUUAGUGAAGUUUUCUCUGAGGCAGUAUGGAGCAGAGGGAAAAGUGAAUUUAACAGUAAAAAUUCCAAAAAAGUCCUGGCCUUCCUAACCACGUGUGACUUUCAACUAAAUCAUUUAAUUUCUCUGGGCCUUGGUGUCUUUCAUCUAUAGCAUAGUGUACCCAGUUUCCCUGAGAGCCCUUCCAGUCCUUAAUGUAUAUGCUCAUCAAUAUUUUAGUACAAUUCAAGUAAUAUUAUUCAUUUUAGAAAUUGUUAUAAGUAAGCAGGUAGCAUUCUAUAAUGGUAGAUUGAAUUUAUUAAUAUAACUGUUAAACACAUUCAGCUUCUUUAAGCAGAUAAUUGAUAUUUGGUUUACAUUCUUACCAACCAAUGUAUGUCAUUUUCACUAGAUGCAUAUAGAAUUUAUGUUUAGCUUUGUAUCUGUAACCUGAUAAUCUGAACACUCUGAGGCUAUCACUUUUAGCUGAUGGAUCUACUGCCCACACAUUCCCUUUCUUUUCUCCAUAUCAUUUGUUGGCUAAAAUCUCUCCAGGUAUCCCUAAUUGUUCACCCUUAAUACAUAUCUGUUUACAUAUUUGAUUCUCUGAGGCCAAAACAUCAAUAAAUAAGGAGUAAAACAAUUUUAUGUGUCUAUAUUUACGAUUCACUCUAAUAUUAUAUGGCCUUGUGUCACCUUCAAUUAACUAGGUUGCAGAAUUAUUAAUAAUGUUGAUAAAAAAGGCCAUUGAUUCCUUUCUUCAGCAAACAUCGAUUGAGUGCCUGGCAUGGCAAACACUGCUAAUAAGUAUUGGGGAUACAGAGAUUGGUGAGACUCAUUUGCUUCCCUGAAGAGGUUCAUAUUUGGUUGGUAGGAGAAACAGCAGAACACAUCGAUGUGUAAGAAGUGCAGUGAUUGACCUGAGCAUGCUUUUAUAGAAACACAGAAGGAUACUUAGCCUGGAGGAGUUAGAAGAGGCUGCCUAAAGAAAGUACUGCUUGACUUGGAUUUUGAUUUGAGGAUUAAGGUGGAAGUCCUGGCAGUUACUGAUGAGUUGGUACUGUGAACAAAGUCCACAACAGAAAAGAACUAAGGGGUGUGUGUAUCAAGAAUUGCAAGCAAUAUGUGAGGCAGGAAGUGGGAAGAAUCAAGACAACCAUUAGGUUUUCAGGAACACAAGAAAAGUCUUAUGUUCCAUGUUUGGAAGCUUGGACUUGAAUCUAUGAGCGAUGAGACACCUUGAGAGAGUCUUAUGGAAAGAAAUGACUUAUUGGAGUUUGGUUUCAUCCACUUCAGAAUCCAAUUAAGCAGUUUUUACAAGAAGAAAUCACUCAUAUGAGAAGGUCACACAGAAAAUAACCUGAGUCUUUUAUAUCCUAUUAUUUGUAUGUUCCUAUUAUGUCCUCUUCUAGACCCACUUGCCUUUCUGAGAUUUGAUUAUUACCAAAAAUCCCAGUGACUUGUCUUCUAAAAACACAUAAAGCUACUGUAUUCCUUAUCAGACCCAUCCCCAGAAUGACCUACAUACGUGCAUACUUUGAAAUGCGUUUUGUUUUAAAUGUUUAGAUAAUUUUUGACUGACUUAAAUUCUGUCACUAGGCUAGUAUUUGUUCCACCCAAAUAAAUCAUAUAAAAUAUUUUUCAUUGUAUAGUCUUGGCUCUAAUUUGAUAAGUCUUCUUGCUUUCUUAAUAUUUUGUCUCAAUCUAUGAAGCACAACUGCUUCAAAGUUACAGAGACACAUGCCAGUUGACCCACUGAUUGAGCCUGGUGGCUGUCCCCUCAGGUAACCUGGGUUGGCAGAGACUAUAGCUAGUACUAGUACUAGGACUCAGUUGUCCUUGGGCCAUUGGCCUCCAAGGAGAAUAUGUUUCUUAAGCCAGCAUGCUGGUAAUCCCACUUGUGAAGCCCAGCAUCUUCUGACCUCAUUUGUCUCCCCCACCAAAUUUAAAAAAAAAAAUAUGCAGAAUGCCAGAGAAUUGGGCUUCCUCUCCUAGGACACAACCUGUGACACACGCAGCCAUGCCCAGCCCCAGUAUCUCUCAAAGGUUAGGAGGAGUUUGAGGGACCAUGAGCAUUUUGCUGGCCUUGACCAGUUUGCCUGCCAACUGUCAUUUAUGGCAUCUGCCCUUGCCCUUGAACAACAAAGGUAGAACUGUACCAGUGCCUUAACUUUCUCGACCUAGUUUUUUACCUGAUGCAACAUCUGACUAUUAAGAUAAUUAUGAAUAUCUGUGUAUCAAGACAGCCAGUGUGAAAUCCAGCACAAGCAGUAGAUGUUGCAAUAAUGAUCUGGAGCUGUGCUCUCAAUAUAGCCACAUGUGGCUGUUUAAACUUAGAUUAAUUAAAUAUAAAUGUAUUCUUCAGUUGCAUGAGCCCCAUUUUAAGUGCCCAGUUGCCACAUGAGGCUAGUGGCUACCAUGGACAGUGCAGAUGAAGAAAACAUUUCCAUCAUCCCAGAAGCUUCUACUGCACAGUGCUGGUCCAGGAGAUAACCCAGCUCUUGGUAAAAAUUUUGACAGCCAAAUGGUCAAAAGUUUGUAAAACCUGAACAUGACCAAAAGCAAUAGGACAUUCCUUUUUUUUUUUUUUUUUUUCCUCUUCUACCAGAGAAGCCAUAUUUGACACAUUUUGAAAGGCUAGUCUUUCAACUACAGGUAUUUUAUACAACACAGUAGAUGUGUUGGCGGAGCCAGCUUUUAAAAUUAAUCCUUAUUUCCUAGUGAAUUCCAUUAGAAAACAAGGUCCGUGUUCUUGUAAUAGAAAUCACACUUAGGAAUAAAAAUCUUUCAAGACAAUUAUAAUUUGCAGAAAGCAUAGUUUGAUUUCUAGGUGUCUAAGUGGUAUUACUGCAAUAGCCUUAGGUGGAGCUAGAGACUUUAUUUUUUUUUAUAUAACUUUCAUUAUAGAAGUUCCAUAGAAACUUCAUCAGUGAAGGAUUUUUGUUAGGGUUACCCUUUUGGUAUGUAGAAAAUAUUUGUCAUGCAGAUUACACAUUGUGAGGGAAUGUUACUGAAUGUUAGCUUUUAUAAAGACAAUAUAUUCAUUUUGUGCCCAGCAAGCCCUCUAAAAAAGGCAUGGGUUGAUCUCUAAGAGACCUAAGAACCUGCCACCUCUAUUUUGUAAGACCAUUCCCCCUGAGAUUUCCCCUAUCCUCUACCAUCUCAUAAAAAGAACUGCCUCUAAGUAUCAAAAGAAUUGUGAAAUGUUGGUGAUGUGACAAAUUUCUCAUUGUUCUGCACUGGCAUAGGCUUGCUUGUCUGUGUUAUUGAUAAGUUCUUUAAUUUCUCAUGAAGUAUUAGCCUAAUUUCAUGUAAUGCAAAAAUAUCUUAAUUAGCAAAUAAAAGUAAACUCCACAUGA